CGGCGGCGGCAGCAAAUUGACUGCUCCGGAGCCUGAGCCUCACAGGUGCUCCCGAGGAGUUAAGAGGAGUAAUUAGAUAGCCAGGAACGGUGACAUACACCUCCGAGUCUCCACCUGUGGACACAACACUGCCGAGCCAGUCAGUGAAAGCAAAGAGGAACAGUCACCAGUCACAAUCUUGAGAAACAAGUUGAAAGUUUGUUUAUCUUCCCCCCUGUUUUUUUUUUUUCCACCCUCCUCCUCUGGUGGGACAGUGCCAUGGUCAGAAAGCCAGUUGUGGCCACCAUCUCCAAAGGAGGCUACCUGCAGGGCAAUGUGAGCGGGAGGCUGCCCCCCGUGGGAGACCAAGAGCCACCAGGGCAGGAGAAGGUGGUUCUGAAAAAGAAGAUCACUUUGCUGAGGGGGGUCUCCAUCAUCAUCGGCACCGUCAUCGGAUCGGGCAUCUUCAUCUCCCCCAAGGGCAUACUCCAGAACACAGGCAGCGUGGGCAUGUCACUGGUUUUCUGGUCUGCCUGUGGAGUACUGUCACUUUUUGGAGCCUUGUCCUAUGCCGAGCUGGGCACGAGCAUAAAGAGAUCUGGUGGCCAUUACACGUACAUUCUGGAGGUCUUUGGUCCUUUACCAGCUUUUGUCCGAGUCUGGGUGGAACUGCUCAUAAUACGCCCUGGAGCUACUGCUGUGAUAUCCUUGGCAUUUGGACGCUACAUUCUGGAGCCCUUUUUUAUUCAUUGUGAAAUUCCUGAACUUGCAAUCAAGCUUGUAACAGCUGUGGGCAUCACUGUGGUGAUGGUCCUGAAUAGCGUGAGUGUCAGCUGGAGUGCCCGGAUCCAGAUUUUCCUAACCUUUUGCAAGCUCACAGCAAUUCUGAUAAUUAUAGUCCCUGGAGUUAUACAGCUAAUUAAAGGGCACACACAAAAUUUUAAAGAUGCAUUUUCAGGAAGAGAUACAAAUCUAAUGGGGUUGCCCUUGGCUUUUUAUUAUGGGAUGUAUGCAUAUGCUGGCUGGUUUUACCUCAACUUUAUUACUGAAGAAGUAGAGAAUCCUGAAAAAAACAUCCCCCUUGCAAUCUGCAUUUCCAUGGCCAUCAUCACAGUUGGCUAUGUGCUAACAAACGUGGCCUAUUUUACAACCAUUAGUGCCGAGGAGCUGUUGCAGUCCAGCGCUGUGGCGGUGACCUUCGCUGAGCGGCUGCUGGGAAAUUUCUCAUUAGCAGUCCCGAUCUUUGUUGCCCUCUCCUGCUUCGGCUCCAUGAACGGUGGCGUGUUCGCUGUCUCCAGGUUAUUCUAUGUUGCAUCUCGAGAAGGGCACCUUCCGGAAAUCCUCUCCAUGAUUCAUGUCCACAAGCACACUCCUCUGCCAGCUGUUAUUGUUUUGCAUCCUUUGACAAUGAUAAUGCUCUUCUCCGGGGACCUCUAUAGUCUUCUGAAUUUCCUCAGUUUUGCCAGGUGGCUUUUUAUGGGGCUGGCAGUUGCUGGACUGAUUUAUCUUCGAUACAAACGCCCAGAUAUGCAUCGUCCUUUCAAGGUACCCCUGUUCAUCCCAGCUCUGUUCUCCUUCACCUGUCUCUUCAUGGUUGUCCUCUCCCUUUACUCGGACCCAUUUAGCACUGGGGUCGGCUUCCUUAUCACGUUGACCGGGGUCCCUGCUUACUACAUCUUCAUUAUAUGGGACAAGAAACCCCAGUGGUUCAGACAGUUGUCAGACAAAAUAACCAGAACAUUACAGAUAAUACUAGAAGUUGUACCAGAAGACUCUAAAGAAUUAUGAACUUAAUGCAUCAAAAUCUUGGCCAUCUGCCCAGGACUGAGAUACAAAGUGGAUCUUUAUUUCAAGAAAACACAAUGUUGGUGAUGGACUAAAGGAAUCAGUUAUUUCUAUUCAUAUCCUCUAGUGUAUUCAAAUUAAUUUCUGAACAAUUUCCUGGUAACUCCGUGUAUUUGUAACAAGCUAAUAUGCAAAUCAGACAGUGAGGCAAGCUCACAGUUCUUGAGUCUGGUGCCCACUGUUGAUGUAAGGGGAAAAGAGCAACGGCAUUGACAACCGUGAUGUCAUUCUCUACAACAUUUCUUAUCAUGACUGAGAACCUUCAGUAGAAGACCAAAAUGUUUUCUGUAUAUAUGGGGUUUGUAAACAUAGCUUUAUUUACUGGGGACAUCUAUACUGUGAAAAGUAUUUUUUAUUUUUCUAAAACAAAUAUCAUUAUUUUGGAAAGGGGGGGUGAGAAAUAACUUUAU